AUGCCGCCAGAGCUCAAAGAUCCCAAGAAUGGCCCCAUCAUCGCGCCAGUCCCCCACAAACCCUCGCCUUUGAUGGGCCUCCAUGAACAACAGCAGGAACAACGACAACCUGACCAGUCCUUUUAUUACAAGCGCCCUUCCUUCUUUAACCGAAUCUACCUCUCCGGCGUCAUCCACCGGCCGAGCGACCUCCUCUUCCUUGGCCAUGGCCUCAUAUCCGUCCUCUGGACACUGGUUUGCCUCCUCAUCGUCGAUCUGCCCUUCCUGGUCACCACGCGUUUCCGCAUUAACUCAGAGCGUCAUCCAGUCAGCUGGGGUGCAUUCUAUUCAUUCUGCAUGUCGUUGAGUAGAGCAUGCUCCAGUUCUGUGCACAAUGUCGCACAGCUGCGGCUGGUGAGCAAUAUUAUCGCCUGGUUCGUCCCCCUCCGAAUGCUGCAUCUGUCGUCCAACAGCUACUCUGUCAAGUCCAAUGUACAGAUCAAGGUUCAUCUGAACACUUUGCUUGAACCUGAACGCAAGACCUUGGCCCCAACACGAGCUCGACUCAACCUUGACAACUCUUUCGACGGCAUUCAUCGCAACCCUGUCAACCCAUCCCCCGAAUACCUCGCCUCCUUCCUGCCAGACAACCGACUUGCUAAUCUCCCAGAAGAGUCAGGGGACUUGGACCAAGAUGGGAUGUACACAUUGAGGGGAGAGUGGAUCGAGGCCCUAACUGAUCCAAAUGAGGAGGGUCGAGGAGGAGCAGCAAGACGAGGACCAAGGAGCAAUGUUGUUGUUUUGUACUGUCACGGAGGCGGACAUGUGUUUUGCUCGGCUACUUUCCACCGCCAAGUCGUAACAAGAAUGCUUUUGGAGAUCGGUCCCGGCGCAAGAGCAUUCGUGGUCGACUACCGUCUCGCGCCAGAAGAUCCCUUCCCAGCCGCAGUCCACGACAUGUAUGCUGCAUAUCUCUACCUCACCCAGCCCGAUCACCCAGCCAUCACACUCUGCACCAAUGGUUCUUUGUCCACCAAUAGCCCACACCACCAUGUAGCAACGCCGGUCCUUCCAAAGGAUAUUGUCCUUGCAGGCGAUUCUGCCGGUGCUGGUGUUGCCAUUGCUUUCCAGCUGUACAUGAGAGAUUAUGUGCAACCAUCCGUUGAACCCAAGUUUGAGAUGCCUCCCGUCACUGUCUUGAUCUCUGCAUGGACGGAUAUCUCGACUUCGAUGCCUUCAGCCACCAGUAAACACAGCUAUUGCUACACACCCUCCCCGAUGGGUGUCAACCCAUUUGUCGACGAAGCCACCUUUUACGCGUUCCCCAAGUUCAACUUUGCGAGGACAUACCUCUGUGGCGACUCCAAGCUGGCUCCUAACGAGCGAAACUGUAGAGGACGGCACAUGGUUUGGGAAUGGUACAGGCACCUGGCUCAACAUCCCUUGGUCUCACCCGUCUACACCGCCGAUCUUUCUGGACUUGGCGGCGCAACUCUGCUGCAAACCGGUGCGUUUGACAGACUGGCAGACGACACCCGCCUUUAUGCCCACAAGCUAGGACAAGCCAACCUCGACCAACGCGUACGCCUAGAACUCUACCGGGACAUGGUCCACGUCCACCAGUUCUUUGAGUUCUUGCCCAUGGCCGACAAGGCCCUUCACACCAUGACUGAGUUCAUCUACGACAGUCAGGACAAAUACAACAGCGAACAAGCAGCACAGCAGUUGUCAAGACCGAGGCGCAAGGUUAAUGACAAGUACGGGAACAAUAUCAGCUAUGGAUCUGGAGAAGGAAAGAAGGGAGCAAGGAGAGGGACAGAGUGGAUUGUGGUGGAAACUGACGGAACUGAGUUGGAGGGCCAUGAUGACGACGGGUGUCCUAUCUCUGUGCUUGAGGAGUGCUGGAACCCCGAGAUGAGAGAGAAGGCGGCGGCAAAUGCGUAG